AUGUCGUCCCGGCUAGGCGGAUGGGAUAUUACUUCCAAGUUGGAAGGCAUCCACGAAGGGCCACGGGGAGGACAAAGCAGCUCUCUUAGUCCAGCACAGCUAAAUCUUGAACGUGUUUUUGAACAGAGCCGGCAGCGACAGCAACAGCAGAAGAAUGGACCAAAGGCUCCAGAUCUGCCGAACCCAGGUCCCCCGACCAAGGGAAAGCCAAGACUACUGCUGAUGGGCCAGAGAAGGAGCGGUAAAUCAUCGAUAUCUAGCGUCGUCUUCCACAAACUGCCACCGAGCGAAACUUUGUUUCUGGAGUCCACCGCUCGCAUACAGAAAGACUCGAUGGCAUCUUUUAUGGAUUUCCAGGUCUGGGACUUUCCAGGUCAGAUUGAUAUAUUCGAGAAUCCCACGUUUGAUAUAGACGCCAUGUUUGGUGAGAUUGGGGCGUUGAUAUGGGUCAUCGACGCGCAGGACGACUAUCUUGAAGCAGUGGCCCGCCUCAAUGUGACGAUACUUAACCUGCAGCGGACAUAUCCCAACAUCAAGAUAGAGGUUUUCAUCCACAAAGUGGACGGCCUCUCUGACGACUAUAAACAGGAUAUUCAGAGGGAUAUCACGAUACGUAUCCAAGAUGAACUUUCCGAUCACGGAUUUGAGAAUGCGCCUGUCAGGUUCCACCUCACGAGCAUCUACAACCACAGCAUCUUCGAAGCUUUCAGCAAGGUCAUACAGAAGCUGAUCCCACGUCUUGGAAGCCUUGAGGCAAUGCUUACGAAUCUUUGUCGCACGUGUCGCUUCGAGAAGGCCUAUCUCUUCGACGUCCUGUCCAAGAUCUACAUCGCUACCGAUAGCGCGCCCGCAGACAUGGCCAGCUACGAGAUAUGUUCAGACUACAUUGAUGUCAUUAUCGAUAUCACCGAGGUGUACGGUAGCUGGCCGCGUUCCAAGGGCUAUCGUGAGUCGCUCGAGGGCGAACCGUGGAACCAGAAGCUCGAAGAUCAGGUCGCAAGCAAUUGGGCCGAGAGCUGCAUGGUGCUGAGUGACGGGAACAGGCCGAUCAUGCUGCGAGAGGUCGACAAAUACUUGGCUCUUGUUGCAAUCAUGAAGGAGGAUAGCUAUGACAAGAUGCCAUUGGUCAACAUGAAUGUGGAGGUCGUCGUAGACGGGCUGAAAGAGUUUUUUGAGAUCACGAAGCCUAAAUGA